AGUUUUCCUUAUAUAUCAUUUAGAGCAGGUUACAGAAAUUGAGGGGGGUAAAGCUUGUCCUAUACGUAAUCACAUGUUAUUUCGUUGGCUGUUUUAACCUCUGGGGUGAGGUGAACCUCUUCUGGUCUCCAGGUAACAUUUCCCAACUCCAGUUUUCCUUUGUUUCACUGUAGCACUCAUUAAUCUCUCUUCCCCCUCCCUGCCUUCCUGCCACACUGGGACACAGUUAUUAGGAAAUAAUUUGGCACCUUUAUGAUUUGUUAGGUGAGUCUGGAGAAGGGCAUUGUCUAGGGCUAAUUAUUUUGCACUCCUCAGCUCCUCAGGCAAGAACUCUCCUGAACACCAAGAUCCCUGUAAGUUGUUAAUUUUUCUAGUAGACUGGUGGAAGUAGGCAUUAGUCCUGACAUGGUUUCCUUCAGUCCUUUCAAAUGGGUCUUUCCUCAUACACAUGCUAAUCAGUACAUGCUGAAUGCUGGAGGGUGUUCCUGUCUCUGUGCAGCUAUGAACUCUGGCUACCUAGGUCUCCCAGCACUCUCAACUCAAGGAAUCUGCCUGGCCUUGCCUCAGUUUCUCCUGCCUGGGCCUGGAAACUGGAAGCUGGAGAAAUCAUAGGCCUCCCCCAUGAUUCUCUUUCACUAAGAGAUCACUGUCUUCCAUUUGUUUAAUUUCCAGCAGCUUGAAAACCAUUGUUUCUUAUGUUUUAUCUGCUUUUGUUGUUUUGGUUUUUUUUGGUUGUUUGUGAUAGGAAUGUGUCUCAAAACAAAAAAUCAUGGGUUGGGUUUCUUAUAAACAAUAGAAAUUUCUUACAGUUCUGGUGACUGUUGAUCUGUGUUCAGAGAUCAGCAUGGUUAGGGCUUGAUGAUAGCCUUUUUCUUGUUGUAUGUUUUAUUGGUACUCUGUAUCUGUAGAAAAGGAAAAUAUUCAGCUCCCCAUAGGAUAGAAAUCACCAUGUCAGGCAUUUACUCAAAGAUUGACAGACAUGUGAAAAGCCAAGAAAACAACCUGGAAUGUGGAGAUUUAAUCAAUCAAUCAAAAACAAUGCAGUUGUUAGAACUGGCAGAGGGGGGUCAUUAAAAUAUUAGAUAUUAGAACUAUUCCAUAAAUCAAAAAGGUAAGUGAACACAAAAUGUAUUUUUAAAAAGGCUAAAGUGGUACUGCAGAGGAAAAUACAAUGGUUGGGAUUAAUAGUAGAUUAGUCUAGAAGAAAACAUAUAGCAUCAUGUGGGAACAUGGUACAAAGAAGGCAGUGGAUGGUCUCUUAUCAGGACACAAAUCCUAUUCAUGAGGCCUCACCUCAUAAUCUAAUCACCUCCCAAAAGCUCAAAUGUAAUACCAUCACCUAGGGUUUAAUAUUUGACAUAAGAAUUUUGUGAAUUACAUUUUUUUCAGUACCAAGGAUUGAACCCAAGGCCUUACACAUGCAGGGAUGACAUACAAAUUUUAUGAGGGAUACAAGCACUUAAUCUAAAACAGUGGGUUAUUCCAGUCCCUCUUACUUAAUCUCAGUUUUGAGGCCAACCUCUUUAUAGGCCAAUGCUCUUGUAGGAUGGAACCAGAAGGUUCUGCCAUUGUCACUGCCAUUUAUGAAGAUCCAAAUCAUGUGAUAUUUAUAAUUUUUUGAGUCAAAAAGACUUAUAAAUUAGUUUCAAGCCUGGAAAUUUGGGGCCAGAAACAGUCCAGGAAAUGAGAGGGCACAGGGCAGCUGCUUUUCCACCUCCCAACUUCUGAGCGUAGGUGAAUCCCAGCAAGGCUGCUGAGGUGAUCUGGGUGCGGGGCCUGUGCCUGGGAAUAUGGGCAGCCAGCCUUGUUCUAGCACUACUCUUCCUUCCCCAGUGACAAGCACAGACUAUGAAACUGCAGCUGAUGCCACAGAGACCUCAUCAUACUUCAGUGCCCAGGGAUACCUGUCCAGCCGGGAGCAAGAGGGAACUGAGUCAGAUGAGGGGCAGCUGCCCCAGGUGGUGGAGGAGCUGAAAGACCUCCAGGUGUCCCCUGGCACACGCCUGGUCAAGUUCCAGCUGAAAGUGAAAGGCUACCCAGCCCCUAGACUAUACUGGUUCAAAGAUGGCCAGCCCCUGACGGCAUCUGCCCACAUUCGCAUGACCGACAAGAAGACCCUGCACACCUUGGAGAUUGUCUCAGUUAACCGGGAGGAUGCUGGCCAGUAUGCAGCCUACAUCAGCAAUGCUGUGGGUGCUGCCUACUCAUCUGCCCAGCUGCUAGUCCGAGGACCCAGUGAAUCAGAAGAGAAGCCAGUGUCAGAUAUGCAUGAGCAGCUGGUGCCACCCCGGAUCCUGGAGCGGUUCACCUCCAAGAAAGUGAAGAGGGGCUCUAGCAUCACGUUUUCAGUGAAGGUAGAAGGAUGUCCAUCCCCCACUGUGCACUGGCUCAAGGAAGAGGCUGAGAAGGGCGUGCUAUGGAUUAGCCCCAACACACCAGGCUACACCAUGGCCAGCUCUGCCCAGCAGCACAGCCUGGUCCUGCUGGAUGUGGGCCAACAGCACCAAGGAACCUACACAUGCAUCGCCACCAAUGCUGCUGGCCAGGCACUCUGCUCCGCUAGCCUGCAUGUCUCAGGCUUACCCAAGGAGGAAGAGCAGGAGAAAGUGAAGGAAGCUCUCAUUUCCACUUUCCUACAGGGGACAAGCCAAGCCAUCUCGGCUCAGAUGUCAGAGUCUGUGGGUUUUGCUGAGCUUGGUGGACAAAGGAAAGAACUCCUGGAAGCUGAGGAGGCCCGUGGCCACCUGUCCCUUGCUGAGGUUGGCACAGAGGAGUUCCUACAGAAACUCACCUCCCAGAUCACCGAGAUGGUGUCAGCCAAGAUCACCCAGGCCAAGCUUCAGGUGCCUGGAGGUGAUAGUGAUGAGGAGUCCAAAACACCAUCUGCUUCCCCCCGGCAUGGCCGGUCACGGCCUUCCUCCAGCGUUCAAGAGUCUUCCUCAGAGUCAGAGGAUGGAGACUCCCGUGGUGAGAUUUUUGACAUCUAUGUGGUCACAGCUGACUACCUGCCACUGGGUACUGAGCAAGAUGCCAUCACCCUGCGAGAAGGCCAGUAUGUGGAGGUCCUUGACUCAGCCCACCCACUGCGCUGGCUUGUACGCACCAAGCCCACCAAAUCCAGCCCCUCCCGGCAGGGCUGGGUAUCGCCUGCCUACCUGGACAAGAGGCUCAAGUUGUCACCUGAGUGGGGGCCCACUGAGGCCCCUGAGUCCCCUGGGGAGGCCAUGUCUGAAGACGAGUACAAGACGAGGCUGAGUUCUGUCAUCCAGGAGCUGCUGCGCUCAGAGCAGACCUUUGUGGGUGAGCUGCAGUUUCUGCAGAGCCACCACAUGCAGCACCUAGACCACUGUCCCCGUGUGCCUGCAGCUGUGGCCAGCCAGAAGACAGUCAUCUUCCGAAAUGUGCAGGACAUCAGCCACUUCCACAGCAGCUUCUUGCAGGAACUACAGCACUGUGACACAGAUGAUGAUGUGGCCAUGUGCUUCAUCAAGAGCCAAGAGGCCUUUGAGAAGUACCUGGAGUUCCUCGUGGGCCGUGUGCAAGCUGAGUCGGUGGUGGUUAGCACACCCGUCCAGGAGUUCUAUAAGAAAUAUGCAGAGGAGACACUGUCAGCCACGGACCCUUCACAGCCACCUCCACCACCACUUCAACACUACCUAGAGCAACCAGUGGAGCGGAUACAGAAAUACCAGGCCCUGCUGAAGGAGUUGAUCCGAAACAAAGCCCGGAAUAGGCAGAACUGUGCAUUGCUGGAACAGGCCUAUGCAGUGGUAUCGGCCCUGCCUCAGCGUGCUGAGAACAAACUGCAUGUGUCCCUCAUGGAGAACUACCCAGGCACCCUGGAGGCCCUGGGAGAGCCCAUCCGCCAGGGUCACUUCAUUGUAUGGGAGGGGGCACCAGGAGCCCGGAUGCCCUGGAAGGGCCACAACCGCCAUGUCUUCCUCUUCCGCAACCACCUGGUGAUCUGCAAACCCCGGCGAGACUCUCGCACUGAUACCUUCAGCUAUAUGUUCCGGAAUAUGAUGAAGCUGAGCAGCAUUGACCUGAAUGACCAGGUAGAGGGGGAUGACCGUGCCUUUGAGGUGUGGCACGAGCGGGAAGACUCAGUACGCAAGUACUUGCUGCAGGCACGGACAGUCAUCAUCAAAAACUCCUGGGUGAAGGAGAUCUGUGGUAUCCAGCAGCGCCUGGCCCUGCCUGUGUGGCGUCCUCCAGAUUUUGAAGAGGAACUGGCUGAUUGCACUGCUGAGCUGGGCGAGACAGUCAAGCUGGCCUGCCGUGUGAUUGGUACACCUAAGCCUGUUGUCAGCUGGUACAAAGAUGGGAAGCCAGUGGAGGUGGACCCUCACCACAUCCUCAUUGAAGACCCUGAUGGCUCAUGUGCCCUCAUUUUGGACAACCUGACUGGCAUAGACUCUGGCCAGUACAUGUGUUUCGCAGCCAGUGCUGCUGGAAACGCCAGCACUCUGGGGAAGAUCCUGGUGCAAGUCCCCCCACGGUUUGUGAACAAGGUCCGGGCCACACCCUUUGUGGAGGGAGAAGAUGCACAGAUCACCUGCACCAUUGAAGGCGCCCCGUACCCACAGAUCAGGUGGUACAAGGAUGGGACCCUGCUGACCUCUGGCAGCAAGUACCGGAUGCUGAGUGUGCCCCGCAGUGGUGUGUUGGUGCUGGUCAUCCGGGCAGGCAGCAAGGAAGAUCUGGGGCACUAUGAGUGCGAGUUGGUGAACCGGUUGGGUUCGACACGUGGUGGUGGAGAACUGUAUAUGCAGAGUCCUGCACUGCGGGCCCAGGACCAGCACCACAGACAGCAGCUCAUGGCUGCUGUGGAAGACACAACCCUGGAGGACUCUAUCCACCCUGCCCUGGAUGUAGCAGACCAGGAAGUCACAUCUGUCCUUCAGAGACUACUGGGCACUGAGGCUCUUGGCUCCUCUGCAGGGGACUUUGCUGGCACCAGCCCAAGGGGGCCACCUGCAUUUCAAGAGGCUAGUCCCCUGUCACCAGGCACUGCAGUCUCAGGUGCACCUGCUGAGCCCCCAAAGGUCCCACAGCCCCUACCCCACGAAGGCCUGGAGCAGGAGACAGUGACUACUGCUGGGACCCAGGGAUGGACUGUGCCCAUUCGGGUGGAAGGAACAGCCUGGCCAGGUGCAGACAUGGAGCUGCUACUCUGGGAUGUGCACAGAGAAGUGGUCACGGAGACCACACAAAGGACUUACUUGUACCAGGCCACUGAUGCUAGCGCUGCAAGGCCCCCAUCCAUGCAGGUCACCAUCGAGGAUGUGCAGGUACAGGCAGGUGGCACAGCAAAGUUUGAGGCUGUCAUCGAAGGCAACCCACAGCCCAUAGUGACUUGGUACAAGGAUGAUGUCCAGCUAAUGGACAGCACCCGGUUCAGCCACCAGCAGGAUGGAACCACAUAUUCCCUGGUGUUGAUGGAUGUGGCUCAGGACGAUGCAGGUGUCUACACCUGUCUUGCCCAUAAUGAUGGUGGACAGGUGCUCUGUAAGGCGGAGCUGAUGGUCCAUGGGGCAGGGGACAAGAAGCCAGACUCAGAAAAACAAAGUUGUCGGAGGAAGCUGCAUUCCUUCUAUGAGGUCAAAGAAGAGAUUGGGAGGGGUGUAUUUGGCUUUGUGAAAAGGGUACAGCACAAAGGAAACAAGAUGUUCUGUGCUGCCAAGUUCAUCCCCCUGCAGAGCAAAACUCGGGUCCAGGUAUACCAGGAACGAGACAUCCUGGCCACACUCAACCACCCACUGGUCACUGGACUGUUGGACCAGUUUGAGACCCGGAAGACCCUUAUUCUCGUCCUGGAACUGUGCUCAUCUGAGGAGCUGCUAGACCGCCUAUUCAAGAAGGGUGUUGUGACUGAAGCUGAGGUCAAAGUCUACAUCCAGCAGCUGGUGGAGGGAUUGCACUAUUUACACAGCCAUGGCAUCCUCCAUCUGGACAUAAAGCCCCCCAACAUCCUGAUGGUGCACCCUGCUCGGGAAGACAUUAAGAUCUGUGAUUUUGGCUUUGCCCAAAAAAUCAUCUCUUCAGAGCCACAGUACAGCAAAUAUGGCUCUCCUGAGUUUGUGUCCCCAGAGAUCAUCGAGCAGCAUCCUGUGACCCAGGGUUCUGAUAUCUGGGCCAUGGGAGUAAUUUCCUACCUCAGCCUAACCUGCUCAUCCCCAUUUGCUGGUGAGAGUGACCGAGCCACCCUCCUGAACAUUCUGGAGGGACGAGUGUCUUGGAGCAGCCCAGUGACUGCUCACCUGAGUGAAGAUGCCAAGGACUUCAUCAAGGCCACACUGCAAAGGGUUCCAGAGGCCCGACCCAGCACCUCCCAGUGCCUUGCCCACCCUUGGUUUCUGAAGUCCUUGCCUGCUGAGGAGGCCCACUUCAUCAAUACCAAGCAGCUCAAGUUUCUUCUGGCCCGAAGCCGCUGGCAGCGGUCCCUGAUGAGCUACAAGUCCAUCCUGGUGAUGCGCUCCAUCCCUGAGCUGCUCCAGGGCCCACCUGACAGCCCAUCACUGGGAGUGGCCCGGCAUCUGCUCAAGGAUGCCAGUGGCUCCUCCAGCUCCAGCUCCUCCUCAGACAAUGAGCUCGCCCCAUUUCCCCGGGCUAAGUCGCUUCCACCCUCCCCAGUGUCCCACUCUCCGCUGCUACACCCCCGGGGCUUCCUGCGACCCUCAGCCAGCCUGCCAGAGGAGGCUGAGGCCUGCACACCCACUGAGGCUGGGGCCUCGCCAGUGUCCUUACAGGGCACUGGGCCACCAGUAGCCCCUGGCUUUGUGCCCAGGCACAGUGUCAUCAGCAGCCUGUUCUACCAGCAAGCUAGUGAGGGCUCUGAGCGUGGGGGCCCAGCCUCAGGGGGCAGACGGCAUCCAGCUAGACGGCGGCACCUGCUAAAGGGCGGGUACAUCGCAAGGUCUCUGCCUGGCUUGCGUGAGCCACUGAUGGAACAUCGAGUGUUGGAGGAGGAGGCUGCCAGAGAGGAGCAAGCCACAUUGAUGACCAAGACACACUCCUUUGAGACUGCCCCGCAGCUACCCAGUUCCACUGCCCAAGAGACCCCUGGCUGCAGCCACUCCCUGGACUAUGACCCACCAAGCACAACCAGCCCCUCCUCGGAGACCCACUGCGAAGGACAGUGUCUAACCCCAGUACCCUCAGGGUUGACUUGUGAGGUUUCUGCUAGGGACAUGGGGCAUCCCAAGGGUGAAAAGCCCUCACUCCCAUCUGCUAGUGGUGGCUUGGGACCUGCUCAGCAAGAGGGAUCAUCCAAGGACAGCCAUCGAGGGAAGCUAGACCCUUUCUGUCAUUCUGAACUGGGUUCUGCCCCCCAGGAAGACUGUGGCCCCUCCUCACAACCACUUGGCUCUUUCUGUCCAGGGCCAAUCAAGGAGGCACUUUUGACACCCUGCAGCCCCUUCCUCUCAGAAGAGCCCCAGGCAACCCCCUCUCCAGCCCAAGCAAGCCCCUUGUCAAGCUCUAAGAAGGAGCCUGACAUCUCUCCACCUACGAGGUCCUGCCCAAGCCUUUCCAGUUCCCUAGGGCCAGUUUCCCAGGCAGGCACAGAGUCCAGCCCCUCCCCAGCUACCAAGGACUUGUCCCAGGAGGCUGGGGGUUUACCUGCCUCUACACCCCCCCUACCACGACGUCAGGAGCAGGCAACCACUCGAAAGUUCUCCCUGGAAUCCCGUGGGGGCUAUGCGGGGGUGGCAGGAUAUGGCACCUUUGCCUUUGGUGGGGAUGCUGGAGGCCUGCUGGGACAGGGUCCCCUGUGGGCCAGGAUGGCCUGGGCAUCCUCCCAGUCCUCAGAGGAGCAGGAUGAGGCUGGAGCUGACAGCCCUCAACCCCAGGCCAAUUUAGGGCAGGUACCCGAUGCCAGCAGGGCUCCUCUGAGGGCCUCCCCAAAGCAGAUCUCCUGGGAUGAAGCUGGGCAGGUCUCCUUGGUGCAGAUCCGGGACCUGUCGGGUGAUGCGGAGGCAGCUGACACCAUAUCCCUGGACAUUUCUGAGGUGGAUCCUGCCUACCUCAACCUCUCUGAUCUGUACGACAUUAAAUACCUACCAUUUGAAUUCAUGAUCUUCAGGAGGGUCCCUAAGCCUUUGGAGCAGCAGGAACCACUAUCCCCUGAGGCAGAGGCUGGGGAGGGGCUGGCAGAGUUCUCAGAGGCUUCCUGGCCCUGGCCCGGUGAGCUGGGUCUGGAGAUCACAGAGGAGUCAGAGGACCUGGAAGCACUGCUGGGAGAGGCCACCGCAGGCAGGAAGCGCACGUGGUCCCCUACCCGCAGCCUCUUUCAGUUCCCCCGGAGGAACCUGCCAGCAGAGGAGGAGCCUGUAGAGCUUGGACUGCGCCAGAGAGUGAAGGCUUCCAUGGCUCACAUCUCCCGGAUCCUGAAGGGCAGGCUAGAAGGUCCUGAGAAGGAGGAGCCUCCCAGGAAGAAGGCAGGCCUAGCUUCCUUCCGGCUGUCAGGCCUCAAGGGCAGGGACCAAGCACCGUCCUUUCUAAGGGAGCUCUGCGAUGAGACCGUGGUCCUAGGCCAGUCAGUAACCCUGGCCUGCCAGGUGUUGGCCCAGCCAGCUGCUCAAGCCACCUGGAGCAAAGAUGGGGCCCUCCUGGAGAGCAGUGGCCACCUCCUCAUUUCCUCUACUCUGAAGAACUUUCAGCUGCUGACCAUCCUGGUGGUGACCACAGAGGAUCUGGGCGUGUAUACCUGCAGUGUGAGCAACCCGCUGGGGACUGCAGCCACUACAGGCAUCCUCCGGAAGGCAGAGCGCCCCUCAUCCUCCCCACGCCCGGACAUUGGGAAGGUGUACGUGGACAGAGUGCUGCUGGUCUGGAAGCCCAUGGAGUCCUUUGGCCCUGUGACCUACAUUGUACAGUGCUGCAAAGAAGGUGACAGCUGGACCACCCUGGCUUCUGACAUCUCUGACUGCUGCUACCUCACCAGCAAGCUGUCCCGGGGUGGUGUAUAUGCCUUCCGGACAGCGUGUGUCAGCAAGGCGGGAAUGGGCCCCUACAGCAGCCCCUCAGAGCAGGUCCUCCUCGGAGGGCCCAGCCACCUGGCCUCUGAGGAGGAGAGUGGCUGGGGGCAGCCAGUCCAGCCCCUCCCCAGCACAAAGACCUUCGCCUUCCAGAUGCAUAUCAGGAGAGGCCGCUUCAGUGUGGUGCGGCAGUGCCAGGAGAAAGCCAGUGGACGGGCACUGGCUGCUAAGAUUGUCCCCUACCAGCCUGGGGACAAGACAGCUGUGCUACGGGAAUAUGAGGUCCUCAAGAGACUGCGGCACCCACACCUGGCCCAGCUACAUGCUGCCUACCUCAGCCCCCGGCACCUGGUGCUCAUUCUGGAGUUAUGUUCUGGGCCUGAGCUGCUUCCCUGCCUGGCCGAGAGGGCCUCCUACUCAGAAUCUGAAGUGAAGGACUACCUGUGGCAGAUGCUGAGUGCCACCCAGUACCUGCAUGCCCAGCAUAUCCUGCACCUGGACCUAAGAUCUGAGAACAUGAUAGUCACAGAGUAUAACCUGCUCAAGGUUGUGGACCUGGGCAAUGCCCAGACACUCAGCCAGGAGAAAGUGCUGCCCCCUGUGAACUUCAAGGACUACUUGGAAACCAUGGCUCCAGAGCUUCUGGAAGGCCAGGGGGCUGUUCCACAGACAGACAUCUGGGCCAUCGGUGUUACAGCCUUCAUAAUGCUGAGUGCUGAGUACCCCGUGAGCAGCGAGGGAACUCGCGACCUGCAGAAAGGCUUGCGCAAGGGUCUCAUCCAGCUGAGCCGCUGCUAUGCGGGGCUAUCUGGGGGUGCUGUGGCCUUCCUGAGCAGUGCGUUGUGCGCACGACCCUGGGGUCGGCCUUGCGCCACCAGCUGUCUGCAGUGCCCUUGGCUGACGGAGGAGGGCCCCGCCGGCUCCAAACCCGCGCCAGUGACCUUCCCCACCGCUCGGCUGCGCGCCUUCAUGCGUGAGCGCGAGAAGCGGCAGGCCCUGCUGUACAAGAGGCACAAUCUGGCGCAGGUGCGCUGAGGGUCGUUCCUAAGGAAGCUGGUGUGAGUGUGGGGUCGUCCGCUGGCCCACAGCCUCGGAUGCCUCCGCCAGGACCUGCUACAAAUGCACAGACCUGUCAAAAACAAAAACAACAACAACAAAAAAAAGCAUGCAAAAC